AUGCCCCCUCCCAAUUCACCACCUCUCCCCCAUCCCUCCGCCAAAACCGCCCAACCGCACCCCCCAAUCCACAUACACUCACUUCAAAACACACACCAACUCACAAACUCCUCCUACAAGCAAUCCCAAUAUCAUCACAACGUGCUCAGUCACCACUACACCCUCUCCCCAUUCUCCCUCUUCAGCAACCGAUGUCCAAAUAACCUCGUCACACAACCGGACUCCUCUCCGCCCACCCCCUGUUCCGGAACACCAAGAUCUCCCGCGCGAUACCACGUUGCGGCAAGGGCGACAGGGGUCACGAGCUUCGUAAUCGGGCCGUUUUCAACCGCAAUUGAGGCUGGGGAAUGGGGUGUAGUUCGGACCAAGGUUGAGGUAUGGACCUGA